GUAUACGAAGGACUUUCACUGUGGCUUGUUCUGGCGUCAUCUUUGCCUUUCAUCAUCAACUUCGGUACUAUGUUUGUAAUAGCGUUCACUAUUUUCCAAGUGAAACAAGUAAAACAACAAUGUGAUAAUCUCACUUCAAGCACGCACUGGCUCUCGCGCACUGCAGUUCGAGUUGGUAUCGGCCCAUCAGCUAAGAAAGCACUCGUAGAAUAUGCGAAAGGAAAACCAGAGUUCUCCAAGCUUAUGUGA